AUGGAUGAUAACGACACCUCCAAUCGACCAACUUCGACAACAAUAUUUGUGGAAACGACCACCGAAUAUUGGGAAUGCAUUGAAUAUCCGACAGGCGAAUAUUUAUAUACCGACCCGGUUGGUGGGCGCUAUGCCGGGAAUUGGUUACCUAUACAAGCGGAUAGAAAUGUUGCCACCGACCCAUACGUGAUUACGGCGCUCUUUAUGGCCCGAAACUCAGGAAGGAAAAAACGGGCUGACGUUCGACUUUCAAUGAUGAUGAUAUCAACCCAAGCUGUCACCAUCACAUUUCUAUUCGCUCACUAUGUUACGAACCUCGUGGAAGAUCACGCAUCUAUGAACACGCCGAUCAUGAACUUCAUCAUCUUAGUCCUGGUACCGUCGCUGGGGCGUCAUGUUAUAACACUUCUUGUCAUCUGCUUUAAUAUGGAGACCGCGAAAAAGAAGAUGUCGAUGGUCACUGUGAGUGGAGUGGUGUCUUCUGGUCGACGUCGGAGUACAAAAACGACAGUGUUA